CCCCUGCUUCGCGCCCAGAUCGCCACCUAACCUGCUCGCGCAGCCGCUGUCUCGUCUGCCCACCGACGAAGCAUGGGCGUCCAGGGCUUCCAAGAGUUCCUGGAGAAGCGCUGUCCCGGGGCCGUGGUGCCCGUGGACCUCCUCAAACUCGCGCGCACCGUGUCGCGCCAGCAGCAACAGCACCAGCAUCGCCAGCUGCCGCCUCCGGCAGCGCUAGCUCCCGGGGCUCCACGCACCGCCAGGGGCUCUGCGCCUCUGCAACCGCCACUCCCGCCCGCUGCCUUGGGUGCCUACUCCGGGGGCGCGGGGCCGACUCGGCACCAUCACCCCGCUCACCACUUCCACCACCACGGCCAGGCGCAUCCUGGGCUGCACCCGCCGCCCCCUCCGCUGCCCGGGGCCCGGGUGCUUGUGGACGCGGGCUCGGCGCUUCCGCGGCUUUAUGGUGGCUACCAGACGGAUUGGGUGUGUGGUGGCCAAUGGAACGCCAUGCUGGGCUACUUGUCAGCGCUAUGCCAGGCUUGUGCCUAUCCCGGCGGCGACGGCCUGGAGCUGGUGGUCAUGUUCCCCGGGGGCCUGGGAAAGGACCGGCUGGCCGAGUGGGGCCGUCGGUGCCAGGCCGAGCGGCAGACAGCGCAACUGAUCGUGGGACACGUGGGCAACAAGGGCACCCCUCCUCCACGGGCCUGGUUCCUGCCACCGGCCUGCCUGAGCCACUGCGUGAGGCUAGCACUCAUCCGCUUCCGGGUCAAGGUCUUUCAGAGCCUUGAAGACCACCAUUUGGAAGUGGUGGCUUUUUUCAGGGAAAAUGGCUUCCAUGGCCUUCUUGCCCAUGAUUCCGAGUAUGCCCUCUACAAUAUUCCCUCUUACUACAGUUCCCAUGCUCUGAAGCUGAGCUGGAAUGGGAAGAAUCUCACUACCAAUCAGUUCCUGAUGCAGGAAGUAGCCAAGCAGCUGGGCUUGAAGCGGAUGAAUUUUCCUAUAUUUGCUGCACUGCUAGGUAACCACAUUCUCCCAGAUGAGGACCUGGCUGCUUUUCACUGGAGCCUCUUGGGACCAGAACAUCCCCUUGCAUCACUUAAGGUCCGAGCUCAUCAGCUGGUUCUUCCUCCCUGUGAUGUGGUGAUCAAGGCUGUUUCUGAGUAUGUUAGCUCCAUUAAAGACCCUUCAAAUCUGGAUGUGGUUGGGAAGGAUGUUUUCAAACAGUCUCAGUCUAGGACAGAAGAUAAAAUAGAGAGAUUCAAGAAAGCAGUUGAGUACUAUUCAGUCACAACCAAACUCUCUGCACUGCCAGUGGGUCCCUCCUCCUUUCUAGGUUUUCGGAAUAAUCGGCUUGGAAAUCCUCCCCUUCCACGAAAUCAGAUGGGCACUAUCUCUGCUGGAAAGCCAAUGUUUUCUCACCAUGUGCCCCAGAAAAUGAAAUAUCCACCACCAUUCCCAACGGGGCCCAACUCCUCUCUUCUCUUCUCUUCCCAUGCUUUGGGGGAAUCCCAUCCUUUUUCUGAGGAUCCCAUGCUGCAGGACAGCCCCUUUGCCAACUGGGCUGUCUCUUAUGACUCCUCUGCAUCCCAGUUUCCCAAUUACCUGACUUCCAAAGCUUCACCUCCUUUGGGACCAGACUCUUCUCACUCCUCUUCCUCUGAUGGUGAUGAACCAAAUGGAGCCAGCUCUGAUCGUAUCACGGAAACACUUCAGCAGCAGCCUGGAUGGGAUGAUCCAAAUGGUGACAGAGGGUCCUGGGUACAGCCCAUUGAUGCUGGAGUUUCAGAUGCCAGUCUGGGUGAUGGCGAGCCCCACAUCCCAUCCCUGCUGUCUAUGUCUACAAGGAACCACAUGGACAUCACCAUUCCACCCUUACCUCCAGUAGCUCCAGAAGUCUUGCGGGUUGCUGAACACAGACAUCGAAGGGGUCUUAUGUAUCCAUAUAUCUACCAUGUUCUCACUAAGGGUGAGAUUAAGAUCCCCGUAUGUAUUGAAGAUGAGUGUAACAUGGAGCUGCCUCCAGCUGCUCUCCUGUUCCGGUCAGCUCGUCAGUACAUAUAUGGGGUCCUUUUCAGUCUGGCAGAAACACAACGGAAAAUGGAACGCCUAGCUAUACGGCGGCGGCUACCUGUGGAAGUUCCUUCAGUGAUCCUCAAAGAGUGGUCUGCCUAUAAAGGGAAGUCACCUCAAACCCCCGAGCUGGUGUCUGCACUGACGUUUCGGGAAUGGACUUGCCCAAAUCUCAAGAAGCUCUGGCUCGGCAAAGCAGUGGAGGACAAGAACAGAAGGAUGCGGGCCUUCCUGGCCUGUAUGAAGUCAGAUACCCCCAGUAUGCUCAAUCCAGCUAAUGUCCCAACCCAUCUGCUGCUCAUGUGCUGCGUACUCCGAUACAUGGUUCAGUGGCCUGGUGGCCGAAUCCUGCAUCGCCAUGAGCUAGACACUUUCCUUGCACAGGCAGUAUCUACCCAGCUUUAUGAGCCAGAUCAACUUCAAGAACUCAAGAUUGAGAAACUGGAUGCCCGAGGGAUCCAGCUUGCUGCCCUCUUCAUGAGUGGGGUCGACACAGCUCUGUUUGCCAAUGAUGCCUGUGGCCAGCCAGUCCCGUGGGAGCACUGCUGCCCCUGGAUUUACUUUGAUGGCAAGCUGUUCCAGAGCAAGUUGAUUAAAGCAGGCCGAGAGCGAGUAUCCCUGGUUGAGCUCUGUGAUGGCCAGGCUGAUCUGGCAACCAAAGUGGAAAAGAUGAGACAGAGUAUCCUUGAAGGAGUCAACAUGAACCAUCCACCACCUUCUGCUCUACUUCCGUCACCUACUUUUGUGCCUCCCAUGGUGCCCCCUCUCUACCCUGUUUCACUUUAUUCCCGAGCCAUGGGCUCAAUGCCACCUCCCCCUCAAGGAAGGAGCCGGGGAUUCACAGGUCUCCAUCCAAUCCCUUCCCAAGGAGGAAAACUGGAGAUUGCUGGGAUGGUUGUGGGCCAGUGGGCUGGCAGCAGGUCCUCCAGGGGCCGAGGCUCUUUUGGCAUGCAAGUGGUCUCGGUUGGUGGGCCAGGAAAAGGGCAUGGAAAAGAACAGACUGGUAGAGGAUCCAAAGGACACAAAAAAGGAAAUAAACAAAGCACUUCAGAUGGAGUUUCUAAAUCCCUAGAGCCUCAUCAGGGUCGGUCCCACUCACAGGUAAAUGGAAACAAUGGCACAUUGAUCAAGGAAGAGAAGAGUGAUCAUCAUCUUCCAGCUCCAUCACAGUGUGCCUUAUCCAGAGACAGCAACGUGUGUACUAAUGGUAACCGCUACUUCCCCGUGAAGAAUGGGGAGAAGAGCCGCUUAGGAGAGCAAAAGCUAGGAACUGUGGCACAACAGAAGGAGGAAUAAUGAGCAGAAGAUGACUUCAGCAGGUCAGGAAGAGAGGAAAACCUUUACCUUUCUGAUUGUAGGCCCAAGUUAGAGGAAGACAUAAAUGCUUACCCUAGGUUUAUCCAAGAUUUUGUUGGGACAUCCUAUUGUAUUCAUCUUUUCCCUUUCCCUGUCUUUUUCUGACCUCCAGACUUCGUGGUCUGCUUCUGGGGAAGCUCUGGUAAAAGAUGACUGGCAACAGGACUAGGUCCUAUUCUCAAGUAGAAUAUGUAAUGCCAGUAUUCUCUUUGCCUCCCCUGGGAGUGUAGUAAGGCAGCGUCUGUCAGAAAUCUGGUGUCAUCAUGUAAGGCCCUAUAGAAAAGCUCCAGCUUUGGUUUUCUGUGUCUUCAUCAUGUUACUCUUUACAAAACUUGUGGGAUGGCAGGGACUGCUGUCUGUGGCUUCCUACCUUGCUUUUUUCUCUAUGAAUUCGUGAGACCUUGGUAUAUAAUCAGUAUCUGCCUUCCUCUCGUUCUUUCCCCCCAUUCACCUAACCCAGGAUUUUAUACAACCGCCUCUAACUCUGGCCUGGCAAUCAGAUAGAUUCCAAAUUCCCUGCCAUUUUGGCCCACCUCACCACAAAAGCUCCAUAGUUUAUUAAUGUAAGUUUGAAUGGAUGCUUCUUAGGGGAACCUGCAGGAGUUUCUGGAAGUGUUUCAGAAAGGAAUGAAAAUGUCUCAGGAGUUCUUCUGUGAUGGAAAUUGGUCUGUUGUUCUGUUAAUGCUGAUGGAAAGAAACUUACAGUGCUUAAUAAAAGUCUAUUCUUUUAGUAAAAAAACUGUGAAAUAAUUUUGGGUGUGUGCAGUUUACUUUCUUCCCCCAUCUGGAUCCCUUUCUGCAAGUGGGGAAUAUGCUUGUCUCAAUUCAGAAGUGUUACACGGAGAGUUA